UUAUGAUGAGACUCAGGGACUUGCUCCGGAGAACGCAAUCAAGAACUCGACAUACAUGUACAAUAAUAUCCUUGUGGUGAUGAUGGCAAGCAGAGGUAGGUGGCCAGGUAGAUCCCCCAAGAUUAACGCCCUUGUAAACAGCGACGUCGACCAGUGGGAUGAUGUGCUGCCUGUACCCAAACUCAGCUUCUCUGUGGCAUCUGUCAUCGUCUUCUGUCUGGCGGUACUGUGUUUCGCGAACAGCCACGAUGCAGGUUUAGUGUUUGACGAUGAGCGGGCCAUCAUAAAAAACAGGGAUGUGUUACCCGAGACUCCGCUAUCUGAGAUAUUUGUUCAUGAUUUCUGGGGUCAGAUGUUGGAUAACAUGAGCCAUAAGUCAUACAGACCUCUCACUGUGAUGACCUACAGGUGGAACUACGCAUGGGCAGGUGGUUUCCAUCCUCGGGGCUUCCACGUUGUCAACAUCGCCCUGCACGGCAUGGUGUCGGUCAUCUUCCUGGCAGUAUUCUCUGUCCUCAUGUCUGGUUACCAGGUGGACCAGGAAUCUGCCAGGCCGGUGUUUGCCUCGCCCCGAGCUGCUCUCCUGUGUGCUCUGUUAUUUGCUGUGCAUCCCAUUCACACUGAGAGUGUAGCAGGGGUCGUGGGUCGGGCUGAUCUGCUGUGUGCCUUGACCUUCCUCCUUUCAUUCCUGCUGUACGCCAGGGCCUGCCUCUCACCUACAUCCAUGGUCAGUUACCGUCCCGAGUCCUUCUCCCUGGUGUCUCUACUGGCCAGUAUGUGUCUGUGUGUGGUGUCCACCUUCUGUAAGGAACAGGGCAUCACUGUCAUUGGUAUAUGUAGUGUUUAUGACAUCAUCAUGGUGUGUCGAGUCCAUCCCGUGCAAUGGCUGUCAAAUAGGAAACACCGUGUCAAAGAUAAGCAGGAAAUGAAUCUCUGGAUCAAGGGUCUCCUCGUGCGUCACCUCAUCCUGUUCCUGACUGGCGUGUCACUCCUCUUCACUCGACUUAGAGUCAAUGGAUUUGCAACACCAAAAUUCACUUUGGAAGACAAUCCACAUUCGUUUGUAAAUGGCACUAUAUCGAAAAUUUUGAACUACAAUUACAUCUAUACCAUCAACGUUUGGCUGCUGUUGAAUCCAUGGUGGCUAUGUUGUGAUUGGUCGAUGGGCUGUAUACCUGUCAUCACCUCAUUGGCUGAUCUCAGAAUACUGGCAGACAUAGCUCUCUGGGUUGGGUUGGGUGUUUUGUUCUGUCAUUGUUUCCAUGGUGAACUCAGUAGAGAUCGAAGGAUCCUGAUAACUUCUCUGGCAGUGUUGGGUAUUCCCUUCCUGCCCGCCAGCAACCUGUUUUUCCGUGUGGGCUUCGUGAUCGCAGAGAGGAACCUGUACCUGUCCUGUGCUGGCUUCUGUAUGUUGGUGGUGCUCGGGGCAAGGCAGAUCUACCAUCAACUUUAUCCCACAAUCAAGAAGUGUGUGACAGUCGGGUUUAUAGUCAUCAUACUGCUGUAUAUUCUACGAUCGAUGGAGAGGAGCAGGGAUUUCAGGGGAGAAGUGGCGUUAUUCACAUCUGGAGCCAACGUUUGCCCCCUGAAUGCUAAGAUUCACUACAACAUUGGAAACGUCCAAGAUCAGAACAACAAUACAGAUAUUGCCAUUGGUGAAUACAGGCUAGCUUUGAAGCUGCAUCCACAGUACCACGCUGCUUUGAUAAACCUGGGAGUCAUCCUGCGGAAGAGAGGCAAUGGAUUGGAGGCAAAGGAGCUUCUGGAGAGAGCCAUCGGUAACAGACCAGACUCAGAAGAGGCAUGGAUGAACCUGGGCAUUGUGCAGGCUCAGCUGAAUGAACCAGAGUCUUCAGAAGCAAGCUUCCUCCGGGCCCUUCAUCUCAACAGCGCGUGCACAGACUGUCACUACAACCUGGGUAACCUGUACAAGUUCCUUGGACGUCAUGAAGACGCUAUCACUGCGUACCGGAACGCUACUCAGAUCAGUCCGACCCACGCUGGAGCCUGGAAAAACUCUUUCCUCAUCCUUGAUCAGCUGGGGAAGUACGACCAGGCUAUUGUGGUGGGUAGGAAGGCUGUGGUUCUGCUUCCCGAAGAGACGGGCCUGAUGGCUCGUGUGGCCAGUGUCUUCAUCAAGGUAAAGAUGUAUCAGGAAGGGGAAAAACUCUUUCUGAAGGCCCUACGAAGAGACAAAUCCAAGUAUUACAUACAUCAUAACCUAGGUGUGCUAUAUACUCAGUGGGGGCAGCAUGACAAAGCCGAGGCAUCCCUUCUACUGGCACAGAAGCUAAACCCAAACGAUCCGCUUAUCCGUAACAGCCUGCAACAACUUCAUAGCAAUAUGGGGAAAGUCAAGUAAACUGAACAUGACUGUAGGAUGGGCUGUAGUUCAGUAUCAUCUGAGAACGAACUGUGCAGAGUACAGGAACCCUGUAUGAAUGGGAAUGUAACAUAUGUGAUCCAUAUGUCAAUGUAUAUUUAAGACAUUGUCCAAUUUAUACUUCUAUGAAAAAAACGAGCAGGCGUCUACGUGAUCUGCGCGAGUAAUCAUACGUUCUUGAACACAAAGUGAUUCUUGAAUGCUAUUGGCUAAUGUUUUGUUUGUGUGCUUGUUUGUUGUUUAACGCCGCACUCAGCAUUUUUCCAGCUAUAUGACGGCGGUCUGUAAAUAAUCGACCCUGGACCAGACAAUCCAGUGAUUGACAUCAUGAACAUCGAUCUACGCAAAUGGGAUACGAUGACACGCAUCAACCAAGUCAGCGAGUCGCACAGCUGACAUAUAUGUGAGGGAUCAGAAGAUAUAUCACAAAACACAAAACAUAACGUGACACUUCAUGAAAAGAAUAGUACAGGCUCCCGGGCAUACAGUACAGCCAAUAACGUGAAUACUGAUUGUAGUUGUGGGUCAGUCUUGUAUGCAGUGAUUCAAUGAUGUAUGACGGAUCAAGGGGCUUCUAGUUAUAUCCAGGAGGGAAUUAGUGAGUGAGUUGUGUUUAACGCCGCUUUUAACAGUAUUCCAGUUGUAUCACGGCGUGUCAGCUUAAUAUGGGUGGAAAGCCUGAGGUGAUGCAGGUCUCAGACGUUUACAACUUCAGUGAA